ACUGUCGGUUAAUGAAACAAACAUUCCAUUCGUUCGGCAAGCGAAAAGUUUGCAUAAUUUUCCCUAAAAGUUUUCCUUAAAUUACUGAAGUUAAAUGGAAUUGAAAAAUGAAUUCCAGGUGCCAAGUGAUUGCUGCUUUACCUGCCUGUGUCGUUCGGAUGAUUACCUGCAUAUUUCCUCCGACGCCGGAUCCGCCGAACCAUCACUUGUGGAGCUUCUGGUCCAACACUUUUGGUUCAAACCGGCGGAUUUCUCCGCUUACGAGCCGUUGCUGUGUCGAGCCUGCUGGAAGCGGGUAGACGAGUUCCACCAGUUCUACCUGCAGGUGGAACGGAAUCAUUGCGGUACGGUGCGUUCAACUGACAAAGUGGUCAAAGAUGAGGAAGCGGAUGAGACCGUGGAAGUGCUUCCGCCCGUUGAGGUGGUUGUGAAAGUUGAAGAUUUGCAUGAGGAUGCCGUGGAGGAGGCGGAGGAAGAUGAUGCUAGUGACGAGGAUUACCAACCGGAUCAGUUGGAGGACAAUGAGAGUUCCAGUGAAAUGCCAGAGGACCAGACACCACGAGUGACGGUGGUGGUCGAGGAUGGUAUCAAACCGAAGCGGAAGUACACGAGGCGUAUUAAAACGGAAUCGGAGCGGGAAGUUCCCGCUAAACCCAAAGCGACUUAUCAAGUUAAGGAUGCGAAGCAGCUGGCCGAGGAGGAUGAGAUUAUACUGACCCACGUGCAGUAUAUCUGCGAGCUGUGCGGAAACAACUGCACGACGUUCACGCAGUUUCAGAAGCAUGCCAAGACCGCCCAUGGAUCGACAGGUUUCAUCACCUGUUGUGGAACGCGCUACCACAAGAAGGGUCGCUUGCUGGAGCACGUGCAACGGCUGCAGGACCCCAACCGAUUCCGGUGCGACAUCUGUGGCAAAAGUUUCGUCAACAAUCGUGGCAUUCGGCGGCACAAGGAAGAGAUGCACGUGCCGGACGAGCUGAGGAUCUACGGGUGCGAUCGGUGUUCAAAGCGUUUUACGAAGAAAAGUCAGUUGGUGUAUCACCUGAAAGGGCACGACAACCUGGACAACGAAACGGCCAAGUGUCCCCAUUGCGAGAGGGCUUUCCAAACCGAAGCGCAGCUCAAAGUGCACAUCAAGAUCCGUCACGAGCGCCCCACGGACUUCAUCUGCGAUGUGUGCGCCAAAGGAUUUUACUCCAAAACGGAAUUCCAGCGGCACAAGAAGCAGCAUGAAAUGCGCCCGGAGGAGCUGCGCGUCCAGUGCGACAUCUGCCAGGUGUGGCUGAAGAAUGCCCUCUGCUGGCGGAAGCACUACCGCCGGCACAACCAGGGCCCAACGGCGUGCGACGUUUGCGGGCACAUUUCACCGAACGCCACCGCAUUGGCCAGCCACAAGCGGCACCGGCACCGGACGGAGCCGUGCCAUACCUGCCAGGAGUGCGGCAAGCAGUUCAAGCGGGCGCUUGGGCUGCGGGAGCACAUGGCUUCGCACACCGGCGAAGCGCUGUACUCGUGCAGCUUCUGCGACAAGACGUUCAACUCGAACGCCAACAUGUUCUCGCACCGGAAGAAGAUGCAUCCGAAGGAGUGGCUCGAGCAGCGGAAGUCCCAGCUGGAGGCGCAACGAGGGGUGGCGCCCGGGGGUGUGCAGUGAUAGGCGGUGAGUACCUAGCAUGUUUGUGAAUAAAGUUUUCAAGGUAGAAAGGUCGCAUAA